AUGUAUGAGCAGAGGCUCCAGCUGCUAAAGCCGCGUGUGGACUGCGAGGCAAACCGUAUAUGGGGCCACAACACACGAGAAGUCAACGGCAAGUAUAUCCAGCACAAAGACAAGAUUUUGGAUAUCGUGUCUGGGGAGUUGUGCUGGGUUUCUGGCACGAUUUUCGCCGACUUGAAGCACAAGCUCAACAUUUUGAUCGACGUGGAGAAGGGAACAGACGACACGCUUCCGCAGAUGCCCAACAAGUACGUGGACAACGACAGCGAUGCGGUUUUCAUGAUCGAGGACGAAAGUGGGCGUGCCAUCCUACAUAACCCCGAGCUUUUGAAAAGUUCUGGCUUGGUCACGGGCUGUGUUGUGGGCGUUCUAGGCAUUGAGAUCCAGGCGGGCAUUUUUGAAAUAAUGGAGAUCGCCUAUCCAACACCAGCCCCCCAAGAGGACAGAACGGACGAUUGCGCGGACGCUGAUGAGUGGGUGGCUUUUGUUUCUGGGUUGCAUGUCGAUGCCGAGACGAACAUGCAAUUGAAGAUGGCGCUACUUCUGCAAUACCUCAAUGGCGAGCUCGGCAGCCAAGCGGAAGCUGAGAUGGCUCGAAGAAUCUGCAGGUUGGUCAUUGUGGGAAACAGCAUUGCACGAUCGGAGCCCGAGGCGAAUACCGAUUUCCUGAGCACGAACAAUUUCGGCUCCAAGAAUACCAGCAGGUUUCUGCCCGAGUCCUUGGUCGUGUUCAACGACUGGCUCUCUGAAGUGCUUGCGUCGUUGCCCGUCACGAUUCUCUCGGGCGAAACGGACCCCUGUGAAGUAUGCUUGCCCCAGCAGCCAAUGCAUCGGGCGCUCUUUGGCAAGAACUCUUCUUUCGUGGACUCAAGUACAUUGACCACACUCACCAAUCCCACGUGGAUGCAAAGCAAAGACGGGCUCCGUGUGCUCCUUACAUCCGGGCAGAACAUCGAUGACAUAAGCAAGUACCAUGCGGGAGGCUUUUCUGGGCCAACGGAAGUGCUCAAUGCCAUGGGAAAUACUAUGCGGUGGCAGAAUGUUGUGCCUACGGCCCCGGACACUCUAUACUGCUACCCCUUCGAGGACCGGGAUCCGUUCACCUUGGAGGAGACCCCUCAUUUGUAUGUGGUGGGCAACCAGGUGGCGAGUGGCUCGGAGACCCUUGCGUUGGGACAGCAGACGGUCAAAAUGGUGAGUGUUUCCGAGUUCAGAGAGACAGGAGAGGUGGUUUUGGUCAAUUUUAGGACGCUCGAGGUGAAGACCGUGAGCUUCCACUGA